CUUAUAUCUUAUAACUUGAGUUGACUGGCCAAUGUUCACUUUUCUGUAUUGAGAUGCAGAUAUUUUUGCAUGGGCUUCUUGCCUUCAUCAAAAUGUCAGAAUCCUUGAGCACAAAGUAAUGUAACUAUAUUACCUCUCCUGAAGCGCUUGUUCUUUCUUCGCCGCCACCAUGUGAAUAUGUUACUUACUACUAUAUCUAUCGGUUAUUGUCGCUAUUGUCCUUUAGGUCUUUCGAUUUCUUUAUUUCCUCUCUCUGCUACUAAUUAUUACAUGUCUCAUAUAUGGCCACUUCUUGUCAACUGACUUUUCUGGGUAAAAACUGGCAUGCCAUCUAUCUUCAAUCUACUUUUAAUGUUAUUGUUAGCAAACAGCUUAAAACAAAUGUUACAUUGGAGGAACAUUUAGCACGUAAGAAGACAUUUAGCCAGCCAGCUGUUUAUAAGCCUGGCACCAAAGAGCUAACAGGAUCCGUCAGUCUUGCUGAGUAUAAGGACAGAGAGAGGCUUGAUGGCAUAGAGCAGGAACUCAGACAGUAUGGCCUUACUGAGGAUGAAAUCUACAUCAAGUUACAAGCAGAAACUGACUCUGAGUCUAAUAACCAGGUUGAUCCCAAAAAGAAGAGACUGGGAAUUGAUCCUUCAAUACAAAAGGCCCAGCUUAAAAUCACUGAAGAUAAAAUACAAGCAAGAAAGCAGGAAAUAUCUAAACCUACUAGAUUCCAUGGAAUAAAAGUGCUGACUCGUCAAGAAAUGGACUUUGAAAACUCCAUCACACACGAUGAUAAAACCAAAGCUUUGAAUAUGUUAAUAACUCGUGGUGAAUCCCAAAAUGAUACUACUCAUCCAGAUGACCCUAUUAACCACUUAGAUACAUUACUUGAUGAUGUUUCGGUUAAAACGAAACAUCAAAAGAGAAAGAAAUAUACGAAAAAAGAAGUUUCUAAAAUUGAGGCACCUAGUUCAAGCUACCCUGCUUGUGAGUGGCAGACCACUUGGGAACAUCCAAAUUUGAAUGACUGGAAAAAUGCUCCGACUUGUGCUGAGAGGCCAGGGUCGAAGCAAGGUGAAAGGUCAAGAUCACCAUCAGAUAUAGAAUCUAUACCAGAGGAUAUAAUACGCAAGUUUAGGCUCUCUGCGGAUGAGAUAAGAAAUAUUGAUAGAUUUAAAGACUACUCCCCAGGUGACCCUAGUAAUGUGUUGUAUGUGAAGAACCUGUCAGCCAAAGUCACACAUGAGGACCUUGUCUCUCUGUUUAUCAGAUAUCAACAAGAAGGACAACCUAAGAUUGGCUUCAAGCUAAUGUCUGGGAGGAUGAAAGGACAGGCUUUUGUCACUUUUCAUGAUACAAAGACCGCCUCAGAAGCUAUGGAUCUCAUACAUGGUUAUCAGUUCAGAGGAAAACCUGUCAUAAUACAGUAUGGCAAGAACUGUGGCAGCAAGUAAAUCAAGGACAUUGUUGAACUAAGGACAAAUCCCACCGCUGCCACCAUGUGAAUAUGUUACUUACUACUAUAUCUAUCGGUUAUUGUCGCUAUUGUCCUUUAGGUCUUUCGAUUUCUUUAUUUCCUCUCUCUGCUACUAAUUAUUACAUGUCUCAUAUAUGGCCACUUCUUGUCAACUGACUUUUCUGGGUAAAAACUGGCAUGCCAUCUAUCUUCAAUCUACUUUUAAUGUUAUUGUUAGCAUGCCAUCUAUAUUUCAAUUCACUUUUAAUCUUACUAUAUCACACAUAUGAUCCUGAAUAAAGCGAAGUCUAAUAACAUUUAUUUACAACUGAGCCAGGCAUUGAGCAAAUUGACAAUUCUGGAGAACAUUAGAAUCUUAUACUAAAUAUGGUUAACUGGAGUAAGACUUUUCUGCUGGUGAAAACGAGGCAACUGACAAUGAAGCUGUAUAACUGAGACAAGACUGAGAUAAGUACUGUAAUCAACAACUGUGUUACAAUAAGGCAAUAUGUGACAAUCUUGAGGUUUUACUAUUACUAUUGUUCAAAUCAUGGUUUUGCUAUGUUCGAUCCAGGAGGAUCGAUUUUUCAAAGUGGGGGGGAAUGUUACAAAAAUGGAUUUUUAUUUAUUGUUUAGCCUCUUCUCUCCUCUCCCUCUCCUCUCUUAGCUAAUUCUAAAGUCAUGAUUACUAAUUAGGAUCA